AUGGCUGCUGUUGGAGACUCCAAAGGAGUCAUCGGCAAGACUGACUCUGAGGACCGUCGAUUUGACAGUGGUGAUGAGACUGCCAAUUCGUCACUUGAGCACCCUUUCUCGGAUCCAGAGGUCGCGGAUCGUUGGAGAAAAGUGUAUGAGAAUGCUCAAUAUGAGAAUCGACAUCGGUUUGACCCAAACUUUACUUGGACUGCCCAAGAGGAGAAGAAGCUUGUGAGAAAGAUUGACUUCCGCAUCUGUCUCUGGGCGUGGGUCAUGUUCCUCUCCCUAGACUUCCACCGCCGAAACAUCAACCGUGCUAUUUCCGACAACAUGAUCUUCCUUGUGUCGUUCCUCUCAGCUGAGCUUCCCAGUGGCUUGAUUAGCAAGAAGCUUGGUGCUGAUAGAUGGAUCCCUUUCCUCAUCUGCAGUUGGUCACUUGUUGCGGGUUCUCAAGCUGCGCUGCAUAGUAGGGGUGCUUAUUUUGCCAUCAAGGCUCUUCUGGGUCUUUUGAUGGGUGGAUUCAUUCCCGAUAUUGUUCUUUGGCUUACUUACUUCUACAAGUCCAAUGAACUGCCCAUCAGACUGGCUUUCUUCUGGACUGCCCUGAGCACCAGUAACAUUUUGGGGUCUCUUCUUGCCGCUGGUAUCCUUCAGAUGAGAGGCGUUCUCGGCUGGGGCGGUUGGCGAUGGUUAUUUCUCCUUGAAGCUAUUGGCACUUUCAUCAUCGGCCUCUUCUCUUGGGUUCUUAUGCCUCCUGGCCCUUGCCAGACAAAGAGUUGGUUCCGUGGCAAGAAUGGCUGGUUCAAUGAACGUGAGGAGUACAUCAUGGUGAACCGACUUCUUCGUGAUGACCCUAGCAAGGGUGAUAUGAACAACAGAGAGGCUGUCAAUCUUCCCAAGCUCUGGAAAGCCGUCAAGGACUGGGAGCAGUGGCCGCUCUACAUUAUUGGCCUUAUGGUGUACAUCCCUCCGGCUCCCUUCAACACAUAUCUCUCUUUCAUUCUGCGCCAGAUUGGCUUUUCCGUCUUCGAAGCCAAUCUUCUCGCUAUUCCAUCACAAUUCCUUUACGCAGUCAACUUACUCAUCAUCACCUGGCUUUCCGAGCGCGUGCAGGAACGAGGCAUGCUAUCAUCCCUUUCCAACAUCUGGAUAUUCCCAUGGGUUCUCGCCCUCGUCGUUCUUCCUGGCGAUAUCUCCCCCUGGGUCCGAUACGCUCUCAUCACAGGUCUUCUGAGUUACCCGUACUGUCACGCUAUCCUUGUUGGUUGGAACGCCAAGAACAGUAACAGUGUACGCACGAGGGCCAUCAGCGCUGCCUUGUACAAUAUGUUCGUUCAGACUGGUAACAUUGCUGCGUCUAAUAUCUUCCGCGAGGAUGAUCAGCCUCUGUACCGCCGAGGUAACAGGGUCAUUCUUGGUAUCACAUCUGCUAAUAUCGUCUUGUUUUAUAUUGUCAAGGCGUUUUAUAUCUGGAGGAACAAGGUCCGUGAUGCUAGAUGGAAUGCCCUAACAAAGGAGCAGCAGCAGGAUUACAUUUUGAAUACCACGGAUGAGGGUCAGCAGCGUUUGGACUUUAGAUUUGCUCACUAA